AUGAUACAACUUAUUUGGUUCAGCUUUCUGCUUUGUAUUGUUUUAGCUGAGAAUGGAACUAUCUCUCUACUAAAUCUCGACAUCGAUGACAUUACAUGGGAUGACUGUAGCAAUGGGUACUUCUCAACUAGUUUCAACAUCCUUGAUAAUAGCAAUUUGGAGUCGAUCCUAGGUUCAAGCAUUGAUGCUCAUAAAAGGGAACCAGAAAAUACUGGUAGAGAGUUAUCAGGAACACCUGCUGGGAAAUUGGAGAAUAGCAUUUCAUUUGAUUUUUCGCACUUCGAUUUUACUGAUUUAUGGAAAAGUGAACAUAAAAGCAACGAAGAAUCGAAAAUCGAAACCGUUCCAAUCACAACAGAAAAUUACCAGUUGCAAGAAUUAUCGAGAACAGAUGGCGAGAAUAUGCAUAGCAUUUCGCCCGACCCUUUGCAGUCCAUAGGUAAUACUCAUUUCCGCAAAAUUGAAGAUACAAACAAUGAGUAA